AUGGUGGGGACAGACGAGUCUCGCUCUGCCUUGCAGGAGCUUUGCUCGAGUGUAAAGCGUUCGCAGGAUAUUGCCCAAACGAUUGCGGAGAGCUCUGCGGGCUCGUCUGGUUCGCCUCUGACUGCAGUGAAGACGGCGAUAGAGGACAGUGUCUCCGCGUUGUCUCGGCUGUACGAAGCCGCUCGGGAGCGUGGCUUGUCUCUGGCGCAAGAGGUACAGAAGGAACGGGCUCCUGUUUUUUCAGAGGAGGAGAUGCAGUUGCUGGAGAACGGUCUGGGCGCGGGCUUCAGGGAAUUUAUGGAUUUUCGCGAGCAGAACCUUAAUUCUUCCCUCCCUGUAUUUGUGCAGAAGGUGGAGAGGGCGGCGGCGGAACUGAAGGGGCUGCGGAGCAUCGAUGGCAUGGAUGACCUACAUUUGCUGAUGUCUGUUGCUAAAAACCUAGAAAUGGUCAAGAGCGCGUGCGAUUCCAUGCAGACAGAGUUUGCGUGUUCUGAUGCCAUCAGGGCGAGCGCAACAACAGUGUUGCAUAUGCAAUACCAACGAGAGCACGCGUCCAUACAUCGUGAAUUAGCAGGACAAGUAGGGGAAGUGCGAAUUCUGUGUGUAUUGGAGCGGCAGCGUCGGCAAAUACAUCCCCAACAGGACAUCAGUCUCUUAAAGUCAUUCCGUUGGCUUGAAAAGAGGCUCUACAGAGGCGAGCAGCAGCUUCAGAAGCACAAGGAGAUGAUCGAGCGGAUGGAAGAGGCAGACAAUAUUAUCUCGGCAAGCAACGUGGAGCAGCAGGCCAGGACGGUAGUUGACAGCCUGAAGGCCUUGCUGAAAGCCGCCUCCAGCAGCUGGAAUUCGAUUCCCGGUGCCGUGAGCGGGGGAGAAGCCGCCCAGAGCGAGGCCAUGCAGGGCCACCUUACGGCGGUUGCCUGCAGGGCCAUCGGAGAGGCUGCAGCGGCCGGGGGGCGAGCAGUCAGCAUGUUAAACGCAGUAGAAGCUCAAGGACUCGGGGACUCCACUUUGUCGUGGAAUAAGGAAGAGGAGGGAAUCAAACAACCUGCGCUACAGAGGCGUGUCAAUGCCAAUUUGGCCAAGCUCAUUGCCGACGCGCUAAAGCAGGUUGAUCAUGUAAAUGCUGCUAUGCGCAAGCCUGUUGAUGCAGACGAAGAGACGCAGGAGGGCCGUAGCAGCUCAGAGAUCCUUAUGGAGGAAAUGUUGCGUGCAUCGCGAACGGCCGCAAAGGCUUCAGAGGCCUUCGUCCACGAUGCGGAGCUUAUGUGGCUGCGUGCGCAGCUUAACAACUCCCUGGACCUCGACAUGCAGUUGAGUGCCACCUUGGCGCAGAGAGCAACUGCCGCAGUAGGCAUGGCAACAGGGGAGGAGCCCACACAGCAACGUUGGCAUCCUGAAAUGUCUGCCGAUGAUAUUAAAGAAUUUAAAGAUCUGCUGGAACAGUUCCACCACCUCCGGGACGGCGCGCUGUCUGCUAAUGCUCUCAACGAACGGGCUUCAGCUGCAGCAAUGAUGAAGCAGGCCGCCUUAAAACUCACGGUGUUUGCCGAGGAACGUCAGGAGCAACCAAGGAGACGCUAA